ACUUUCCGGAGAAUUUUAAAUGACUUUACAUUAUCGCUCGUCGAACAAUUUCCCACAAAAGACCUAAUGCUCAUUGAUAAGACAUAUAGAAGCUCCUUUUGGGGGGCUAAUGGCUUCGAUAAUUUGAAGAAUUAUAUGAAACAGAGUAAUGAUUUCAUAAAAAAUUUAUCCGGUUUGCUCCAAGAAAGGAGCGAAGCAGAAUUAAAUUUUUCAAAGAAUUUAUCAAAGAUAAGCAAAAAACUAAGCCGUUAUUGCUCAACCGAACUAACUAUUUACGAGGCAUGGGGUAUGUCAGCUUCGGAGAUGGAACAAGAAGCAGAAGCUCACAAGAAUGUUUCAAUUGCAAUCAAUGAUAUUUAUAAACAAAUGAAAGAACUAGAUGAGAUGUUUGCUAAAAAUAGAAAACCGCACGAAGACUUGGUAACGAAAACGAAUAAGGAUUUAAAAAGAAUGCGAUGUGAUGAAAAAGAUAGAUCCAAGGAAGCGUUCAAUUGUCACAAAGAUUAUGAGAAAGCGAGAGAUACUGUCCAAAGGGCUGACAAAAUUCAAAAGUUGGAUGGAAAGGCUCAAUUUGCAGACAAUGAAUACAAAAAGACUUGCUUGAAAUUAGAGGAAGCAAGACAGGCCUACGAAACUGCUGUAUUUAAUGGCUGUCAUGAACUUCAAAAAUUGGAUGAAAUCAGAAUAUCCAAAAUGAAAGACAUGCUCACAGCCUACAACAAUUCGAUAUCCUCUGUUAUUCCUGUAGUCAAUCAGAGCUCAGACAAAAUUAGAGAAAGUAUUGGGAAAGUGAAUGCAACCAAAGAUAUGAACGCUGUUGUUGAAUUAAAAGGAACAAUGUGUAAUAAACCUGAGCAAGUUUUGAUAACUUUUUAUGCGGAAAAUUCUCACAAUCUUGCCGACAAUGAAAGAAGAAGAUUUCUUUUACAAGGGCAUUUAAGUUCCUUACAAAGCGAUGCUACAACUACCGUUAAAGCUCUGGAAGGUAUUAAAAAGACAAUGGAUGUCUUUAAAAGAGACAACUUUAAGAAUGAAGAUGCUUAUAAUCAAGCAAGACACGGAUAUUGGCAGUGCCACGCCAAACUCGAAAUGUUAGAAGCAUCUCAGUACAAAAUCAGUAGAGCUCUAGCUGAAUUAGAUUGUAGUGCUAAGCCAGUAUCAGAGUAUGAAAAAUACAUUGAAAAGAGUGGAGAAAGAGGUCACGAAAUUUGGUUUCUAAGAAAGCCAUAUCCUCCAGAUUAUCCUGGUACAGUACCAGAGAGGCUUUUACCGCAAAAGAGUUGUGACGAUUACGAUGAUGAAUUCGGUAAGUAAAAAUGUAUAAAUCUUUUUAGAAUACUUCUAAUCUUCUGGUAAAAGUGAUAUAGAAAUGUCAAUAGGGCGUUAGUCAUCAACUGGCAUCGCUAUUUAGUCAUUCAAAAAGAAUUUUUUUAUGAACUAAGAAAAAUAUUUAGCAAACUAUUUUUUAAAAUAAACAGGUUUUCAAUUAUGUCCAGCAUGCAAUGAAGGAUAUUGUAGAAAGCAUAGUAGGUUUAAAUUUUUCAAAGUUUUUUCAACUUUUUUUUUGUUUUUUAACAUUUCUAUUAGUUUACAGCUUUUUUAAAAAUGAGCAUUACAAAAUAACUUUCAUUGCCUUAACUAAUAAUAGUAAAUAGCUUUUUUGUUGUCAAAUAAAGCGUACUCUUUUAAACUUUAAUGUUUAAAAACACAAAUAUAACUUGCCUCUAGGAGACGAUAACAGUUUAGCAUCCUUUGAUUCAUUCGACGAUGGUAAGAAAUCUGGAUUGACUGUUGUUUAAAUAUGUUGUUUCAGUAGAUACUGUAUAUAUUAGUAUAUAUAAAAAUAUAUAAAUAUAUAGAUAGAAAUAAGAAAUAUUUAUUCAUAGACCCCUUGUAUUUCAGAAGUAUAUUCCAUUAUCGUUUACUUUUCUAUAUGCAUGAAAAAUAUUUUGUUUAGUUUUUAUUUACUUUUUUCACAGUG